AUGUCCCCAGCCCCGCCGAUUUGGGAUGAUGCAGGCGACAACUCCAUGAAUGACGCCUCACCACCCAGGCAACCGAGAACGGAGCAUCUCGCAGAUUCUCCCUCUGAUAAUACCAAUACAGUAUCAGUACUACAGAAUGAUACUACAGAUACUAGUCCCGGAACAACGGCUCUAUUCAAUGGGAUAGCUCAGCAUGAACGCCCGCCCGAUCAAUAUUCUCCCUUCCCCAUUGCAUCUUCCCCGCAUUCUUCACUAACCAGCAACUUGCACACACACAUCUCCACGGCAUCACAUGGCAGUCAUUCCGGCACAAAAAGACAUUUCUCCGAAAUUGACACGCUUCCAACCGCUACAAACCCGCCCGCUCUCACUCCAUACGGAACCGUCCAGGAAUCCUGCUUAGUGAAAUAUUUCACCGAAGAACUCUCACCAUGGUUCGAUCAUUGCGAUGACUUUCGACAUUUCCAGCUGGUAGUUCCCCGCCGUGCAAAACAUUGUGCUACCCUCCGAAAUGCCAUCUGUGCAGUGGCAGCCCUUCAUCUCGGUCGUCUCCCAAAAUACAAGACUUCCCACGGCCUUGUUUACUGCGGACAAUCACUACCACAUGUAACCAAAUCAAGUGCCCUCGAAUACAUGCUGAAGUGCAUCCCCGAUCUUAUCCAGUUCCCUGAAAUACAAGAUCCUGAACACCAAGAGAACAUAAUGGCGGCUACUGUGAUACUCCGCCAAUAUGAAGAGAUGGAAGAGGAGCUAGACGAGAACUCUCUCGACGGCGAAUACUUCGUUGAAGGACGAGUGAACUUCUUGGCCAUUACACAAACGAUCAUAGAUUCCAUGGUUGCUUCUCCUAUGGAUCAGUCGCUGGCGACUGCAGCAUACUGGAUCACCGUCCGCCAAGAAACAUACUACGCUCUAACGAGAGAGACUGUUCCUCAUUUGAGAUUUGACGUUGAUUUCUGGCAAAGCGCUUCAGUGGCAAACAAUAUGAUUGUAUUUGCUAGUCAAGUGGCUAGGUGGCGCUGGGGCCAGAAGCAACCUGAGGAAUGGGCACAGCUCAAGCACACAGAGCAACAGCUUACCCAAGACUCAGUCGGCGUGUUUGACCCUAUUCUCGAUCUCGAGCCCGACCGGAAGAAAGGAGAAAUAUUUCCUACGAUAUGGUACAGCUUCGAUGUCCAAGUGACAGCCAUCCAACACUUCCGUUUAGCCCAAAUGAUUCUCACUGCCGAGAAUCCACAUCUAGACUUGCGCGGCAAAAGGAAGCACUACGAUGAUGAUGACGACAGUAGCACCGGCUCACCCGAAGCUUACCGUCUCGAUGACAAUGGAAACCCUAUCUUAGGCGAUACUGAUAUGGAUAUGAGGAUGCUUGUCGCAAAACCGCUUUGCGACGUGGAUUGUAAACACGGCCAGACCAAUCACAUCACCAAUGCCGGGCAAGCCCGUGCAGCCUACGUUCAGCAAGCUGGAAGGGAAACCCCGCCCGGUGAAGCUUGCUCUCGGUGUUCGAGUGACCUGGGAUUAUUUAAUUUCUGCAAGGUUCUGAUUGUGAAUGGGGAGGCUUUCUUCAAGGGAGCUUGUGGGGGAUGCGCAUUUUCCAGGCCCACCCAAUGUUCUACCCGGGACGCAGAAAAUGUUCGGGCGCCAUGGAUCCAACAAGAGAUCAGGAUCCAGAAUCUAAGUCUUUCGAGUGAUACUUCGUCGUUGCAGUCCCCACUGAUUGAACCCAAAAGUCCAAAACAGUGGAAGAAGAUGAAACUUGAUAAUCGUUCGAAGACCGGUAUUCCUUUCGAUGACAGAUGGUUUCAGUCCCCACUCGACGAUCCCGAGGUGUUCCGCCAAAAGAAGGACCCGAGAAUGGCCUUGAGAGCUUACAAUGCCCUUCCGACCAUUUCUGAUCGUGCCCGUAACGAUCACAAGAAGCUUGAAGCCUGGCUUAUUGAGAAUAAAAUCCUGAUACCCCGAGAACAGAUGGAAGAGGAAGAAUUCCGCAAUCCGUUUGAGGAGAGAUAA